UCGAACAUGACACUUAUUUUUUCGAACAUCAAAAGCAUACUCAAGACGAAACCCAUGAAAAGUAUAUCGUCAUGGCAGGUGGCAGAGAAAUUGAUAAGAUCGUCGCAACGAAACCACGACCAUUGGAAAUGCAGGUCCUGUGCCUCGGGCUUUCCCGUACAUCAACAAUGAGUGAGUGAUAUUCUAGUAAUAUGGAAUAAUGCUCUUCUGACCACCUUCGACAGCCAUGUAUACUGCCCUUAACAAACUUGGCUAUAGAAGCUACCACAUGUUGGAAGCCCCUAAGCCGUACAACAAGCGAUAUCGUCACAUCAACUGUUGGCGCGAGGCGCUCAAAUUCAAAGUUCAUGGAAUUGGGCAGAAAUACGGCCCCGAAGAUUUCGACAAGUUGCUUCAAGAGUACAGCGUUGGUAAGCCGGAUUUUGAAUUAUCAUAAAAGCUGAUAAGUUACUAGGCAGUCACAGACAUGCCCUGUGUGAACUUUGCGGCCGAACUUGUAGCUGCCUUUCCAAACAGCAAGAUUGUCCUAAUACAACGUGAACCAAGCUCAUGGGUCAAGUCGGUGGAGACAUCUAUUUAUUCCAUUCUCAGCUGGCGAAUUUGGCCCUUCUUGAUAUGGCUAGAUCCUGUAGGCGCUGACGCAUUUUUGAGAAGAAUCAACCUUGACGAGAGACAUUUAGGAAGGGUUGGGUGCACUACAUGAUUGCCUCCAGCUUGGACUGGCCGAUUGGACGUCCCCUAAGCCAUGGACCGACCAUAAUGCUUUGGCGAGAUAUAUGCUAGUUCAUAUCAAACAUAUCAGGUCCCCUCGUUGCACCUGAAAAUCUUCUGGAGUUUCAUCUACGAGAUGGAUGGGAACCACUGUGCAAAUUCCUGGGUAAGGAAUCUGUGCCCGAUGAGCAAUUUCCAUAUGUGAACCAGGGUAGUAAUGCUGCCAAUAUUGUGAAGGUUGGGGUGACACUGAAGCUGGUUAAGAUGGGUAUGCCUUACAUACUAGUAAUUGGCGUGGCUAUUUGGGCAUGGG